UAAGAAAAAAGAGACCCACAAUCAUUUCUGUCUCUCUAAAAACCUUUUUGUCAACUUCUUAUUUGAACGCUUUCUCAGAAAAGUACACUUCCUUUUGAUUCCUCCUCUACAUCAUGCUCCACUCUCUCCUCACCACCACCACCGCCAAUAAUCCCUCCGCCUCCAUGACCUCCGCCGGAAAACGCCCCGUUGACCUUUCCUCCACUGAUGUCUCGGACCCCGUCAAGCGCCUCCGGUCCCACCUCUCCCCGGAGCAAGACCCACAACCCGAUGAAGAGGGGGGGAAGGAGGCGGGGCCGCAGUUCCUACCCCCCGCUGCUGCUUCUUCUGCAGCCCAGUACGAGUCCGACUCUGACGCCACCGGCCUCCGCCUCCUUGGCCUCCUACUACAAUGCGCCGAGUGCGUAGCCGUGGACAAUCUCGACGACGCCGGCCAGCUCCUCCCUGAAAUCGCUGAGCUCUCCUCCCCCUUUGGCUCCUCCGCUCAACGCGUCGGCGCGUACUUUGCCGACGCUCUCUCGGCGCGCGUCAUCAGCUCUUACCUCGGCACCUACUCCCCCCUCACCCCCUUAUCCAAAUCUCACCACCAGAAACUCCUCAAUGCCCUCCAAAUCUACAAUUCCAUCACCCCUUUAAUCAAAUUCUCACACUUCACCGCCAACCAGGCCAUCCAGCAGGCGGUGGACGGCGCCGACCACGUCCACGUCAUCGACCUCGACAUCAUGCAGGGCCUCCAGUGGCCGGGACUGUUCCACAUCCUCGCCUCCAAAUCCCGAAAGCUCAAGUCCUUCAGAAUCACUGGCCUCGGAUCGUCAGCCGAGCUGCUGAGCUCCACAGGCCAGCGUCUCGCGGAAUUCGCAAGUGCACUCAGCAUUCCUUUCCAGUUCCAACCCCUGGAAGGGAAAAUUGGCAACGUAACAGACCUCAAUCAAUUAGACAUCAAGAUGGGGGAAACUGUUAUAGUGCAUUGGAUGCACCAUUGCUUAUACGACGUAACGGGCAGCGACUUAGGCGCUCUGCGAUUGUUCACUUUGAUUAGGCCUAAAUUGAUCACCAUCGUCGAGCAAGAUUUAAGCCAUGGGGGUAGUUUCCUAGGCCGAUUCGUCGAGGCAUUGCAUUAUUACUCGGCGUUGUUUGAUGCAUUGGGGGACAGCUUGGGGGCAGAGAGCGUGGAGAGGCACACGGUGGAGCAGCAAUUGUUGGGGUGUGAGAUCAGGAACAUUGUGGCAGUGGGGGGGCCGAAACGGACGGGGGAGGUGAAGGUGGAGAGGUGGGGAGAUGAGCUAGUUCGGGUUGGGUUUAGGCCUGUUUCGUUGGCGGGCAAUCCGGCCGCCCAAGCUAAUCUCUUGCUUGGGAUGUUCCCUUGGCAAGGGUACACUCUGGUGGAGGAGAAUGGGUGCUUGAAGCUGGGGUGGAAGGAUUUGUCGUUGCUCACCGCCUCGGCUUGGCAGCCGAUGGAUUAGCAUCCUUAGGAGUUCAUUGUAACGUGACAACCGGGAAAUGGAGUCCGAUUUUGGGAUCUUGGCAUCGAUGAAACGUUGACGAUGAUGGGGGAUCAUAUGAGAAGUUGAUGUUCUUGGUUAUCAAUGUGGAUAUGGAGGAAUGGAUCACACACAUUGAGAAGUGAAUUUGAUCUUGUUCACUUGGUUGAUUCUUCUUGGUGAUACAUUGUAUUGUAUUGGUUUAGUUUGAGAUAUAUAUAUAGAGAGAGUAUCAUUCUUUGAUGGUGAAAUAAGAAGGAUAUUGUGCUAAUAUUUGAUGAUCAUAGGGUCCUUUGGUGGAAUCAUAGAUUAUCCUUCUGGAUGUUAAGAAUGUGUAAUUCCCAAGAAUUAGGAGAAAUGUGUUGAUAUGGAAAAUGGAAUUAGUUGUGAUGGAUUGAAGUGCAAA